CGUGCGGGGCACAUGCCUCCUCGGGGUGUCCAUCUCAACGCGCGGUGGCCCGCCGGCGUUCCUGCCCAAGGGGUGAGAUGCCAGGGCCCCGAGGCCACCGGGGCUCCCCCUGAGCCCCGGCUCCAUCCCGCCAAGCAGGACACCAACUUUCCACCUCCUCGAUGGACGGAUGAGCCAAGCGGCUCCUGGCUCCCUGGAUUAUUUGAGCUUCUGGAAGGGAAAAGCUGGAGCCCGGGAAUGGUCGGCGGCUUGGGGAGCGCGCCGGAGGAGCUCGGCUCUGACACCUGACGGCUCCAAGCCUGGGUCCUGCCGCGGCUGCACGGGGGAGCCCCCGGUCUCUGUGCACCUGCAGGGUGCCAGCACCGAGGAUAUUUAUUUAUUUAUUGCAUUUCUAUGCAUCCUGCCCUUUUAUCCACGUGGUUUAUUGUUGAAGCCGUCCCCCACCCAGCGAGGAAAAGGGAAAAAUUUUGAAAUUCCCUUGCAGGGACGGUGUGUGAUGAGGAGGAGGAGGAGGAGAAUAAGCAGGGGUUCGCUGUGAGCCGGGGCCCUUGUUCAGGCGGAGCGGCUUUGCUCCGACGUGGUGCCCGCGUCAGUCUGUCCUGCAGUGCCUCCUGCCCAAAGCAUCCAUCCAUUUGCCCGCCCUCCCCUCCUCUGCUAAGAUGAUGCUCAACUCGGACCAGACGGAGAUCGACCUGCCCCCGACGCACUCCGAGUCCGAGUCCGUCUUCAGCGACUGCGGCCGCGCGGGCAGCGUGGAGGACGCCGGCGGCGUGGGGUUGUGCGCCCCGUCCCGCAUGGCCGAGCAGGGUGAGGCCGUGAAGAAAGACCUGCAGCACCUGAGCCGCGAGGAGCGCCGGCGCCGGCGGCGUGCCACAGCCAAAUACCGGACAGCCCACGCCACGCGGGAGCGCAUCCGCGUCGAGGCCUUCAACAUGGCCUUCGCCGAGCUGCGGAAGCUGCUGCCCACCCUGCCGCCGGACAAGAAGCUCUCCAAGAUCGAGAUCCUGCGCCUGGCCAUCUGCUACAUCUCCUACCUGAACCACGUGCUGGACGUCUGAGCCGCCCAGCCUCCGUCCGUCCGUCCGUCCGUCUGUCUGCCACAUCUCCUACCUGGACGUGUGCUGGGCAUCCGAGCCAAGAGCUCAAGUCCGUCUGUCCGUCUGCGACCUGCGCCACAUGUUGGGCAUCCGAAAUGCUGUGCCUGCAUCCACCCGUCUGUCCGAAUGGACCGAGUCCCCAUCCGCCUGCUCUGUUCCCCCUCCCCUGAACUACGGUCUGUAUUCCCCCACCACCCAGCCCACGUCCGUCUGUCUGUCUGUCCUGAGCCAGGCUGGCUGUUCGGUCCAUUGGCCGUCCGUCUGUCCUGCUGGAUCUGCUGCCUCAAGGCCGUGCUGGCCGUGUGCGCUCCCAGCUUCUGUCCGUCCUCCUGCUGCGCGUCCCGCUGAGAGCACUGAUGGGAUCCUGAGCCUGCAUCCGUCCUUCUGUCCACCACAUCCACUGCUCGACCCACAGCAGGAGCCUCCAAGCCCAAGUUUCUCUGCGUCACCUCUUUUACACCAGCCACAAACCAGACCCGUGCAGCCCCAAGCAGCUCUGGGGGUUUGUCCAUCUGUCCGUCUGCACCUUUGGCCACCGGGCACAGCUGUUCGGGGCGCUGGGGCUUUUGCUGCAGUUCUGCUCCUAGCGUUGUGCUGGGCACCUGGGGGUCCACACGGGGACCUUGCUGCCACCCCAGCCCACUCUGCCCAGCAGCAUCCACGGGCACAGAGCAGCUCCUCGGGGUUUGUCCUGGCCUGUCAGCAAGCACAGGGCACGCUGCUCUGCCACAAGGUGCCCAGAGCCACGCUGUCCCUGAUCCCAUUGCAGUGGAGCUGCCUCCACCCGGGGCCUGGCCAAGCUCCUCCAUUGCACAUCUGCCCCAAAACCUCCUGCUUUGGGAGCAUCAAACCCCAAACCCGUGCAUCCCCGGCUUUGCUGCCCUGGGCUCUAGUGCAAAAUGAGCGUGGAGCCCCCCUGGCCCUUUACUCACCCUCUUUGCACCAACAUCCACGACCACCCAGAGCGAUCUUCACUGUCCCCCCCAGCAUUCCCUCUGCCUCCCCUAUUUUUUUUAUUAAGAGUUAAUUUUGCACUGGCAGCAGCAAGAGCACAAGCAGAGCCCUGCAGGGACCAGGACCGAGCCGAACCCCCCCAGCACACACAAAGGCAGCGCUCUGCCGGCUGCAGGACAGGCAGGGGCCAGGCCCUCAGCGUGGGACCAGGGAGAUGGAGUUGGAGGGCUGGAGGGGAAAUGUUCUUGGUGAGAGUUGGUGUCCUGCAAACACCAUGAGGGCAGCCAAGCAGGGAUUCCUCCUCCUCCCUCCCCACUGUCUGUCUGUCCUGCUGCCCGCUCCCCACAGCCCCUGCCCUCCUGGGGUCCCACACUCUGCUUUUUGCCCUCCUGAGAUGGUCACGGCCAUCCGAGCCCCAGUUCAGGAGCUCGCCAGCCUCCCAGCUCCAUCCCUCUCCUGUCACCGCCACCAGCUCUCACCAUCACCUCGCUCCGGACCUCAUCUCCCCACUCCCUGCAGAGGCAGGGGACCUGCCACUACCUCUGUGCCACCAGGUACCUCCCUGUCACCAGGUACCUCCGUGCCACCAGGAUGUGCCAGGGGCUGUGGCAUCCCCGAGGGCCGGAGCAGGGCCCCAUCACCACGGCGCUCAGCGGCAGAACAAAGCAGAGCAGGGCAGCCCACCCUUCCCCUCCACUCACAGACCACGUCCCUGUGCCACGAGGAUAUUUAUUGAAUUAAUUUAUUGAUAAAUGUUAUUAUUUAUUUGCUGUGUUGUGCACUUUUUGGAAAGGAACCCUAGAAAGCAAGCAAGCAAACAAUGACCAUGGCAGAAAACAAAGCGACCCACCCUUGUACACGGUGUGCCCCAGCGUGUGUUUGUCUUGGCUGUUCAGACUGUGCAAGGAUUUAUUAUUUAUGAGUUCACGAGGAAGUCGGGGAGGGGGGAAAUGAAUUAAACCAACAGCAAAAGAGAGAUCUUGAA